CUGUAAAAAGAACAUUAAACCAGCGGUCACAGGUCAGGACGCCGGCCUUCGGACCCGCGGGGCACGCAGGCCUGGCCAGCUGUCAGAAGAAUCUAAACUGGACUCACCUCCUCCCACCUUAGCUUCGGCAGGGAGGCCCCGGGGUGCGGGGUGCGGGGUGCGGGGCGGCGGGACCUGACGCGCCGGGCCUCGCCGGGCCCAGGGCCCUCUCCCCGCCGGGGGCCAUCCCCGCGCCCGCAUCCCCCCGCGCCCCACCCCCUCCCUCCCCGCCUGGGGCCCCCAUCCCCCUUCCUCCCCGCCCCGGGGGCCGGCGCUGCCGCGCCCCUCCCAGGCUCCGGGCUCCCGGCUCCGCGUGCAGGAGCAGGUGCAGCCCCUCCCGCCCCCUUCCUCCGGGCCGCGCCCCGCCCUCCGGGUCCCCAGACAUUCCCAUCCCUCCCCGCCCCCCAUUCCCCUCCCCUGCCCUCCUUCCCCGCCCCCAGCCCCGCCUCCCGGCGCCCGCGGCCCGGCGGAAGGACGCGAGGCGCCCCGAGUCCCGGGAGGUGAACUUGGCACCCCUAGCCCCGCGGCCCGGGCGCCCCCUCCCGCCUCUCCCGGCAUGGCGGCCGCGGGGCGCGCGCAGGCGGCGCGGGACCGUGUCCCCAGGAUCGAUCCGUAUGGGUUUGAAAGGCCUGAAGACUUUGAUUAUGCAGCUUAUGAAGAAUUUUUUUCCACCUACCUGGUGAUCCUCACCAGGAGAGCCAUCAAAUGGUCCAAACUUCUAAAGGGCGGCGGUGGUGUCCAGAGGAGCAUGACCGUGAAGCGCUACAUCCGCAAGGGCGUCCCGCUGGAGCACCGGGCCCGCGUCUGGAUGGGGGUGAGUGGAGCCCAGGCCCAGAUGGACCGGAACCCUGGCUACUACCAGCGCCUCCUGCAGGGGGAGCGGAGCGCCAGCCUAGAGGAGGCCAUCCGGACAGCCUCUGUCCCCUUUACGCACGAAGCCCCCCAGCCCUGGCUCCACCAUCUGCUCCCUGUCUCUGGGCCGGGGAGAAAGAUUUCAAAACCUGCUAAAGCUUCUCAUCGUACGGGUCGUCACACAGGCGUGAGCACAGUUGACAUGAGCAGGACCUUCCCCGACAACGUGCGCUUCCGGAAGGACGCGGAGCCUUGCCUUCAGGGGCCCCUGUACAACGUGCUGCUGGCCUACGGGCACCACAACCACGGCGUGGGCUACUGCCAGGGGAUGAACUUCAUCGCGGGGUAUCUGAUCCUGGUGACUAAGAGUGAGGAAGAAGCCUUCUGGCUGUUGGAUGCCCUGGUGGGCAGAAUACUCCCAGCAGACUACUACAGCCCCUCGAUGCUGGGCCUGAAGACGGACCAGGAGGUGCUCGGGGAGCUGGUGAGGCUGAAGCUGCCGGCGGUGGCGGCGCUGAUGGACGGCCAUGGCGUGCUCUGGACCCUGGUCGCGUCCCGCUGGUUCAUCUGCCUGUUCGUGGACGUCCUGCCGACGGUGCUGCGCGUCUGGGACUGCCUAUUCAGUGAGGGGUCCAAGAUCCUCUUCCGAGUGGCCCUGACCCUCCUCAAGCAUCACCAGGCCUCCAUCCUAGAGGCCACCAGCAUCCCCGACCUCUGUGAGAAGUUCAAGGAGAUCACCCGGGGGCGUUUCGUGACCGAGUGUCACAGCUUCAUGCAGAGAAUAUUCUCGGAGCCCGGCAGCCUGUCCAGGGCCAGCAUCGCCCGGCUGCGGGAGCGCUGCAGGGCGCGGCUGCUGGCGCAGGGCUGACGCCUCGAGCUGUCACCUCCGGCUGGAGCGGUCACUGGCGACUGAGCGGUCCUUCUGUACGUGCUCUUCACUGGGAGCUGUCUGUUGUUUCUAAAUACAUAUUUUUACCUGA